GCAGAUCUGAAUGCAGGGCGCCCAUAUAGGACCACUACUGGAUGAAAGGGGCUUUGUCUGGUUCUUUAUGGAAUAUAAGGAUGAUGCUAAACACAGAAGUCUUGUGGAAUAAAGCUUUAACAGACAACAAUAUCAAAGGCCUUAUUGGCUGCAUACGAGGCCUCUAUAAUGAAGGUGAAGGGGAUGCGAGUGAACGUGUGGCCAGUUUUAACUGCUGGCUUCAGAGAUCAGCAGAACUGGCCAAGAAGGAGCUGUUAAUGUUCUGUUUCAGUCGAUAUAAAGGCUUGUGGAUGUGUUUGGAUGAAAACACUGUUGCUCUGGUCCAUAAGCUGCUCCUCAAGCUGAAGAACCCGCUUUCUCUGGUCCACCAAAACACAGUGACGGUCUGCAUUCUAAACAUGAUAAUAUACUUUGUCCUGGAUGUGUCUAACUUCCUGCACUGUAAGGAUGAUCUCCUGCAGUCAUUCUGCCAUGUCUUCAGUAUCCCAUCUGCAUUUUCUCAACAGAUUUGUGGAUUCUGGCUUCUAGAUCAUGGAUUAGUAACAGACUCAAUGAAUGUCUUAUUGAGCCCAAGAGCUUGUCCUCCAACACUGUCAUGGCACCACUGUGCUGUUCUGAAGACGUUAUUGAAGACAGGAGAGAAUCGAGCAGCACUGAAGUAUCUGUACAGCAUCACACUAGCAAUGGAGAACAUACAUGACAUCAAUCUCCGUGUGGAUGUGUUAAUACACAACAAAUGUAUAUCUGAGGCCUGGGCUCUGAUUAGAGGACUCCAAACUGAAGAUGUUCACGUGUUCAAACACUUCAUUCUUGUCUGUGAGAAUCGUGGGAUUUGUAGAAAUAUGUUGGCCUCUCUAUGCGAGGGUAUGGCUCAUCUCCAGCUGAUAGAAAGCAAAAAUAUGGAGUCCAAUGAGGCACAAAUGCUAAUGCAAGAAACAGCAGCUCAACAGCCAGUAAGAACUGAAGCAGGACAAACUCCCCAUCCACUGUCUGCAUGGCUGCUGACUCCAGGAGAUUUUGUUUAGAUCCUUCUGAGAUAUGUCCACUACCAAAAAAAAAGAAGGUAAGAAACAGACUCACCUUUUAGGAUCCAUCCAUUCAUCCAUUAAUUCAUCCUGGUUUAGAAGUAGAGAUACAGUAUCAUUCAAAGGUGUGC